AUGACCUCCGGAACGCUCUCCUCAGACGAUACUCCUGUGAGCCCCAGUUCCCCUUCGGCGCCAACAGGGAAGGCCGCUCCAGCACCCCCGAAAGUUACGCAACCGAACGAUGGCGUCGAGCUGAAGGAUAUGCGAUCCGGCAGCGACGGAGCGAAGGCGUCGCUGCCAAUUGAGGAGGACAUAAUGCAGCUGGCUCGACUGGGUGAAAUCGGUGCGAUGCAGAAGUUGUUCGACAGCAAGAAGUACAACGCGAAGUAUAAAGAUGAGGAAGGGAUAACGCCGUUACACUGGGCUGCUAUCAACAAUCAAUAUGCCAUGUGCCGGUUCCUUUUGGAUUCCGGAGCGGACGUGAACGCGAAGGGAGGAGAGUCUGUCGCGACACCUGCUAUGUGGGCUGCCCAGCGCUGUCAUUAUUAUAUCGUCGACCUCCUUCUUCAACGAGGCGCCGACCCUCUGCUUACCGACGUUCAAGGCUACAACAUUCUGCACCUGGCCACGAUCGACGGAAACGCCUUUCUGCUCGCUCUGCUACUCCACCAGGGAAUCCCCGUCGAUGUCACCGAUCCUCAAGGUCAUACUGGUCUGAUGUGGGCGGCGUAUAAAGGCUUCCCGGCCUGUGUUGAUCUGUUUUUGCGGUGGGGUGCAAAUGUGAACGCUACGGACGAAGGUGGAUUAACACCGUUGCAUUGGGCAUUGGUGAAAGGAUCGCAUCCCUGUAUCCAGAAGAUCGUGGAGUACGGCGCAGACAGGUUCGCGAAGACAAGGGAUGGCAAGACUCCGGCAACGGUGGCUGCGGAGAUGAGAACGACGCGGAUCUGGCACCGGGCGCUGAAUGACUGCGGUUACGAUAAGGACGGGAAUCUGAAGGUCCUUCCCCUGGGUCUGACGAUGUUCGUGCACAGCAAAAGUGCCCUAUCCAAGUUCUUCUUUCUUUGGCCCUUCUUUACAGUCUUUGCGAUCAUCUGGAUCCUCAGUCACCUAGUUAUAUAUUUGUCUGUGCCGAUUGCAGCCUUGGGUGUCUAUGGAUUGCAAUGGGUAGCACAACAGGUGGCCAACAAUGGACCUGGCGAGUUCCGAGUGCUUCACAGGACGCCAUAUCUCGCAGGUGUUUUCGCUGCGAGUCUCUUCUGGGUCGGGGUCAGAUAUAUCAUGAAAAUUCUACCUGGUUAUGUGCCUAAACUCGGAAGCAGGAACCAGCAGAGAGAAGUCAUCCGUGAGCUGGUUGACGACUGGAAAUUUGAUGAGGAGCACUUUUGCAUUCAUUGCAUGGUCCGGAAACCGUUGCGGAGCAAACAUUGCAGACGCUGUGGGCGAUGUGUCGCGAAACACGAUCACCACUGUCCAUGGAUUGACAAUUGCGUCGGGGUGAACAAUCUCCGUCAUUUUGUACAGUAUAUCGUCAGUCUGGAGAUUGGCAUUCUGUUGUUCAUACAAUUGACCAUCUCCUAUAUCGAGCUGUUACCGGACCCGGCAGAGCUUCAAUGCAACAUCAUCAAUGACGUUCUGUGUAGCAUCGUUUCUCGGGAUACCUUUACCCUUGUGCUCACGAUAUGGACGAGUCUUCAGCUGAUCUGGGUCACGAUGCUCUGUGCCGUGCAGUUGGUCCAGAUCUCACGCAACCAAACGACUUAUGAGAACAUGAGAGGCCAUUCUAUUGAGCAUGCCCAUCCACACUCGCAGGCCAUCACCUCGGCGCUGGCAGCUGGGACUACGUCUCUUGACGCGGCUGGCCUCACAUCGGCCGGACAUGGCCCUAAUCCGGCAGCGACCCCGGCGGCGCAUCCUCAUCGAAGCCACGGCUGCUUCGAACAGUGGAAGAAGCUCUUGGGACUUGAUACAUUUUUUGCGACUGCGCAAGGCCGCUCGGCAAGGCAAAAGAACCCGUUUUCCCGUGGGAUUAUCACGAAUUGCCGCGAUUUUUGGUGCGAUCCGGCGCCGAUUUUCAGGAAAAGGGAGCCCGGUUCGGCGAUGUUGGAUGGCGAGAUUGUGAACUACUAUCGCAUGUACGAGCCUCCGUUGAGGAUGCAUAGCGGUGAAAACGGGACUGCGUAUAUGAGUCUUGCUGGCGACGAUCCAGAGCGGGGACUAGCUAGUGAUGAGCAUUCAAGAAAGGUGAUGAGUGAGUGGUUCUGGAAUAUUGGUCCGUGGUUGACAAGGACAUACUCCUGCUUACAUAUGUUUUAUUCAGGAGAACAUACAGAUGCUAUGUACGCACAGCACAUUGCUUCAGUGAUACCUGUAUGGAAGACGGUGUGCGGGCAGGUAGACAGACAGAUGUCUAGUCUCACACUCUCACCUCGUGCCGAGUCGUCUGACUCGUCUCGUCUCGUCCGUUUUGUUUCCUCGGGUUCGGACUUCCUUCCAAGGGCCCAUCAUCCAAGACAUGGUCCACCUCGGACAGACGGCGAGACUAGCGAGUCAGGAGCGAAUUCAUGGAACGGCAUGGCGUGGCUUGCUUGGCUUCUUUUAUUAUGGUUAUGGUACGAGACGGAAUUGCAGAAGCCGGUCUGGUCUCGAGUCGAGGUGGCUGUCGAGUUCAACUGCUCUCAGCUUAGAUAG